AUGAAAUCGAUGUGCGAUAAGAAGGUGAGCAGUUUUUUUUUAAAAUUAAAUUUCAAAGCUGCAAUUUUGAUCUACUGUUUUCAAACUAGACUGUAGUUUUGAAGCUGUAGAUUUUUAGAAUUUCCCCACGUAGAUUUUUGAGACACUCUAAAAUGAAAAAAAUAGAUCAAACUGUAACCAGGAAAACUACAGUACCCACUUCGUCUAAGCCUAGAUUUUUGAUGAUGUGAAUCAGAAAUUUUUCAUGAAUCACCCUAUAAUCAUAUCCCGUGAUAUUCAAUUAUCCCCCCUUAAAGUUCAGCAGCUCAAAUGUAAUUAGAGAAAAUUUCUCGCAUUUUUUGUGCUGGCGCAGUUUUGAGACAUCUAUAGAUCUAUAAUUUUGCUGACGCUUUUCUAGCAGCUUCGAAAAAUGCUACGUGUUUCUCGAAGCUCUGAAAUUAGCUAACGUAUUUCAGGAAGCUCAGGAAUUCGCUGACGUGUUUCUAGAAGCUUCCCGAAGUUCUGUAUGCAUUUCUAGAACUUCUAAAUUUCCAGACUCUCCCAACCAAACCGCGUCAAUCUUCAUCUCCACCCAAGAUGAUGUCAACAUCACCAACCCCUCCACCAAAAACAUCAAGCGGUCGAGACAAGAGCUCACCACCCAAAAAAUCCGAACACCCUGCUGAUCCUAUCCAGACUUCGCCUAACUCAUUCAUCACGUCUCGUCCAGGAUUCCCUGGGCUCGACGUUGUCUCACCAACUCCACCCAAGACAUCUGGCGGCUCACCACCAAAAUCUGGUGACACGCGGAAACGCGAAGCUUCCGCGCACUCGAAAAACGACACUCCGAAGAUUCCAUCACCAAUAACUCCACCGGAACUCGGGUUGGGAAGUGGAUAUCAUGUGAUCUCACCGAAUCUUCCACCAAAAUAUGAGAAGAGUGCUGUCUUGUCUGAGGAGACUUUCAAGAGUCCCAAGGAACUUCAGAAGCCAAAAUCUGAUUCCAAGGAUCUUCAGAAACCUAAGGAAACUCCGAAGAUUCAAAAAGAUAUGAAGAAGACUCCAAGUGUUGAUAAGGUCAACGACACUCCGAAGAACACUUCGGAAAAACGGAUGAGUCUUAUUGACACUUCGAAAAAUGCUAGAGCUGAUUCUAAUAAGGUGAGCUAGAAAAAAUAGAAUUUUUUGUAUUUCUCGUAAUUUCAGGUUGCAAGAAAAUACAAGAAAUUCAAAAAAUUCCUAAUUUAAUUCCAGAAAUCGCCCAAACCAUUGUCACCAAAAAAGCAAAUGCUGGAAAAAUACCUGAACUCCCCACCACCACCACCAAUUUCCGCGUCGCAAAUUUGUGCACCUCGGGAAUAUCCGGAUUCCGAUGAUGACUUGGAACACAAACAGCAGCAGGUGCCCAAGAAAUUCCUGCAAUAUGGCACAAUUUCGAAUUGGCAGGCUGAAAAUCUGGAAUUGAUUUACGCGAAACAUAAAAAGUUCCCGGGAGCUGAGGAGGUCAAGGAGUUUUCGGAGAAAUUCAAUAUUUCGCAGAUUGAUGUGGAGGUACGGUUUAAAAAUAUUGGAUCUAAAAAUCCACGUGGCAAAAUCUCCACACUGAUAUAAACCUUCGGAAAUUGAAUUUUUCGAAAAUUCAGAAUCUGAAUCACCUCCGUAACCUGGUUUUGUGGCUCUAAAUCCCACCGAAAAUCUUCCAGAUCUGGCUCGAAACUCGUCGCGAAAAAACCUACAAAAAAUACGAAAAACAAGGUCGUGAAUUCGAGCCAAGUGUGCUCCAAUUCUAUUGCGAUUCAAUGAAUAUGGCCGAUGGAAUUCGAUUGGAACAACCAUCAAUCAAGUUCAAAUCAUUCUUCAACAUGAAGAGACGAAUCGAAAUCGAUGCGAGAAAAGAGGAAGAAGAGUCGCUGAUUCCGAAGCUCGAACUUUCCACCAAUAAGAUCUAUUUGACUCCGAAUCGCGAGGAUAAAACAUCAAUAACUCUGACAAAUAUUGGAAGUGUAACUCUAGUUUAUCAGAUUUGUAUGCUCAAUAAUAAUGAGGGUUAUACAAUGUCGCCGACUUGUGCGAUUCUUCAGGCUGGAGAGGAAUUGACUUUGAAUAUUGUCAGAAAAGCGGAUGUGAAGGGGAAGAAUAAGGAGAAGACAGGUUUGUGGUCAGAAAAACAUUGCUGAUACCGUGAAAGAUUUUAGAUUUACGUUAGCUUAGUUCAACUGUUUUCUAGUUCGAUGCGAAAAUUCAGAAAAUUUCGAUAAGUAUUCGGCAAAAAGUAAAAGCCCAUAGUCCCAAAAAAUAAGCAGUCACAAAAAUAAGCAGUCCCAAAAAAUAAGCAGUCUCAAAAAAUAAGCAGUCCCAAAAAAUUAGCAGUCUCAAAAAAUAAGCAGUCCCAAAAAAUAAGCAGUCACAAAAAUAAGCAGACACAAAAAAUAAGCAGUCCCAAAAAAUAAGCAGACACAAAAAUAAGCAGACACAAAACAUAAGCAGACACAAAAUAAGCAGACACAAAAAAUAAGCAGACACAAAAAUAAGCAGUCCCAAAAAAUAAGCAGACACAAAAAUAUGCAGUCCCAAAAAAUAAGCAGUCCCAAAAAAUAAGCAGUCACAAAAAUAAGCAGUCCCAAAAAAUAAGCAGUCCCAAAAAAUAAGCAGUCCCAAAAAAUAAGCAGACACAAAAAUAAGCAGUCCCAAAAAAUAAGCAGUCCCAAAAAAUAAGCAGUCACAAAAAGUUAAGCAGCCCCAAAAAGUUAAGCAGUCCCAAAAAGUUAAGCAGUCCCAAAAAAAUUAGCAGUCCCAAAAAAUAUAAGCAGCUUAUUUUUUGGGACUGCUUAACUUUUUGGCACUGCUUAACUUUUUGUGACUGCUUAUUUUUUAGGACUGCUAAUUUUUUUGGGACUGCUUAACUUUUUGGGACUGCUUAACUUUUUGUGACUGCUUAUUUUUUGGGACUGCUUAAUUUUUUGGGACUGCCUAAUUUUUUGGGACUGCUUACCUUUUUGUGACUGCUUGUUUUUUGGGACUGUUUAAUUUUUUGGAACUGCCUAAUUUUUAGGGACUGCUUAAUUUUUUCCACCACGCGCGCAGACCUGUCGUCAACGCGGAGUCUCGUUGUUUUCUUUUUAAUUUUUUUUGCAAUCUCUUGGGAAAAAUGACAUUUUGCAUCUAAAUUUCGGGCGUGUAUGUCAAAAUCAACCAAAAAAAAAAACUCACAGUUUCUCAUUGGCAACAAUGCCAGCGAAUUCGCGAGUUUUCUGCAAAUCCGACAAAUUCGAAUGAAACACUCUCCAUAAGAUCCUUGGUUUUCAUCGAAUUUCUUCCCGAAAUAGUCACGGCAUGUUCAAGUUUUGCAAAUUGUUCAGCAGCUUUUCGACCAAUUGCAUCAGUUCCGCUAGAAUUAUUUUAUUAGAAUUCUUUUGGUGGACAUCUGGAAAAAAUUGAAAUUUGUAUUAUGAAAUCAUGAGAACAACCACGAACACUGUGUAUUAUUAACAACAAAAAAUGGGUUUUUUUUUAGAAAAUUGAACUUACCCAUCGACAAAAAGCUCGAAACAACGUGGAUUUUUCGAUUUACCAAAUAUCGAUAAUGAAUUUUUUCACAGAUAAAACAAAGGAACAAUUGGAUUUCUGUGGUGUUUUGACGCGUGUAGAUCAAAAAAAUUUUUUUUGAAAAAUUGGAGGCUUGGAACAUUUUUUUUUUAAUUGUGAGAAAUCAUGGAUUUCCUGCAAUUUUUGAUUCCGGAAGAUCGGAAAAUUAUAUUUUUCAUGAGAAAUAACCAGAAAAUUCAAAAAAUGUGUUUUGUUUAGCUUGGAACAUUUUAAGACCAAAUUAUUUAUUAUUUUCCAGAAGUCGCUGAAUUCUUCUCACUGGAAUAUGGAAAAAGUCCCGAUGGAUUUUUGGACGCGAAACAAGCGGCCGAAAAAGCGCAGAUGGAUCAGAGAGAAAUUGUCGAGAUUUUCAAGUUGGAUGAGGGCAAAAUGAAGGCUGUCAAAUAA